CCUCUUCCGGUUCAUUGAGCCGGAAGUGAACCGAACAGACACGCCGCACCGCCGCCUCUCUCGUGCCAGUAAUUGUGACGACAUUCUAGACAAUUCUGCUCCUUUCCGCGAACCCCGCAUUGUUGUCAUCGGGGGACAGAGACCACUGUGAACCAACUGUGGUCACAAUAAGAUGAGAGAAAGCUGUGUGAGGUCGACUGAGAGGAGCACAGUGACCGUGGAGCAAAGCUAACCCACGAAUGGCCUGCCAGUCUGUUGCUGCAAUCAUGGACGAGCAGGCCCUGCUGGGGCUCAACCCGAAUGCUGAUGCCCGAUACAGGCAGAGGGCCAUGGCAUACUUCGAGCAGCUGAAGGAGUCGCAGGACGCCUGGGAGGUGUGUGCACAGGCGCUUGCUAAAGGCGUCUACAGUGAUGACCACGUCAAGUUCUUUUGCUUCCAAGUUUUGGAGCAUCAGAUCAAGUUCAGACACAGCGGGCUAAGUGGCGCCCAGCAGCAACUCAUCAGAGAGACGCUGAUGAAGUGGCUGCAGAUGCAGUUGAUGAACACUCAGCCUGAGAAGGUCUUUAUCAGGAACAAAGCUGCUCAGGUGUUUGCUCUCACCUUCAUCAUGGAGUACCUCACCCUCUGGCCCAAGUUCUUCUUUGACAUCCUGUCCCUGGUGGGUGUCAACCCUCACGGCGUGGACAUCUACCUAAGGACGCUCAUGGCCAUCGACGCCGAAGUAGUGGACCGAGACAUCCUACACGCACCUGAGGACACGCGCAGGAACACUUUGAUUAAAGACACCAUGCGUGAGCAGUGCAUUCCCAGCCUGGUGGAGUCCUGGUUUCAUAUCCUACAGACGUACCAACAAACCCACCCCGAGCUCACCUGCCAGUGUUUGGAGGUGGUCGGAGCCUACGUGUCCUGGAUCGAACUCAGCCUCAUCGCAAAUGAACGGUCAGUUGCCUUCUCUCCUGUACAUCACUGGUUUAUACCAGACUAAUAAUUUUCGCCUCAU